GACCUAUACUAUGCUGAUGGCAGUGUAGUCCUUUUAGCCGCCCAUGCUGGUAAAACCCAUGCGUUCCGAGUUCACAAAUCUGUGCUUGGAUCACACUCUACAGUAUUUGCGGAUAUGUUUGCGCUACCCUCUGCCGCAGAAAAAGAAAAGCAUGACAGUAUAGAUUCGGUACGGAUGCCGGACGAUGCAAAAGAUCUUGAAGACCUUCUUCGAGCACUUUACUAUCCGCGCACCAUACUAUCCAUGUUGGAGAAUCGAAACCCUCUUGCUGCAAUCAAGUACAAAGGGAUUCUUCUGCUAUCGCAGAAAUAUUUCGUGCGCGUCCUGCAGAAGCUGCUCAGGGCUCGCUUCCGUGCAGACUGGCCAUCCACUCUCCCUGAAUGGGACAAACUUAUGGAUCACUACGCUGGUUUUUCUGCAUCUGUAAUACCGCAACAUGACGCGGCCAGUCAGUUCAUCGACAAUCGUAUGCUGGAACCUGUUUCUGCCAUACGCUUGGCCAGGGAGGCCAAUAUCCCAGAAAUUUUGCCAGCCGCGUUUUAUAUGCUAUCUACAAUUAGUCCUUACAUGGACUUUGAUACCCUCCGCAGCUCGAACCCCCCUCCGCUCACUGAUUCUCAAGGGCACAUCCUUAUGUGGCAGCCUGGAGAACGUAGCGCACGGUGGGGGCUCUUAACGCCUGAUGAUUGGCUUUGCCUGGCACGAGGCAGGCAUUCUAUGAUGGACUUCGCUCGGAUAUUCGAGCAACAGGAAGCCCAAUGCAUAUGCGACUCGCAGACUUGUAUUCAACUCAACCACAAGAAAAAAUUGUUGAAGGAACACCCUCAAGAUCUUCUACGUGUCCUGAAGGAAAUUCAAAUUGGCUCCCAGCAGACGCCCCCACACUUUCCCUGCUACAAUGCCCUGCAGACGCUGGCGUCCCGCAGUGUGGCAACACGGUCUAUUUUGUGGGAUAAUUUGUGUUACUACUUCGGUUUACCGGAGGUAGACGAUGAUCAGAAUGACGGUGACUCUGAUGAUAUUGCACUUGUAGAGAGUGAGUUUAUGGACGGAUGA